AGAGGAGAUGGAAUCGUUCGACGCGUACAGCGCGGAUGGUGACGAGGCGGCGCGUCCUUUCGAGAACGGCGGUGGAUACAGCGCCUUCGACGAUUCCUAUACCGUGUUUUCCUCCGUUGAUACACCGCCUCACUCUGCCGCACCUUACGCUUCAGAGUUGGGAGAGUCGGAGAACUUGCAGGUGAAUCAUGCGGAUAGCUCCGAUCCGUUCGGUUUCGGUUCUAACGGUGGUAAUUUCGGAGCUUCUGAUUCGGUUCCGAUCUCGAAUGGCAAUGCUAAUGCACCGUAUGACAUCGGCGGAGAUUCGGAGGGGCUAUUCAGCUCGGAUGGACCAAUCCUACCGCCGCCUAAUCAGAUGCAAGAGGAAGGAUUCGCACUUCGGGAAUGGCGGAGGUUAAAUGCCAUUCGUCUUGAGGAGAAAGAACAGAAGGAAAAAGAAAUGAGAAGCCAAAUUAUUCAAGAAGCUGAAGACUACAAGCAAGCUUUCCACGAGAAACGAAAACUCAAUAUAGAGACCAACAAAACCAACAACAGAGAAAAAGAGAAGCUAUUCCUAGCUGGUCAAGAAAAAUUCCAUAAAGAGGCCGACAAACAGUACUGGAAAGCCAUAGCAGAGCUCGUUCCUCAUGAGGUUGCCAACAUUGAGAAGAGAGGAAAGAAAAAGGAUCAAGAUAAGAAGCCAUCCAUCACAGUCAUUCAAGGCCCAAAACCGGGCAAACCAACCGACCUUUCAAGGAUGCGUGGAAUCUUGGUGAAGCUUAAGCACAAUCCCCCGCCUCACAUGAUGCCACCACCCCCUCCCGCUGCUCCAGCUAAGGCUGGGAAAGAUGGGAAGGAUGCAGAAGGCUCUAAAACUUCAAACGGUGCUGCAAAUGCUGAACCAGCAGCCAAUAAUUCUGAUCCUAACAGUGUUCCACAAGCCUCCACAGAAGCAACUCCUUCCGCCAAUCACCAACCAGGUAACUAACGCUUUCCGAGUUUUGAUUGCAUACACUAGACAAUAUAUUGUUUCCAUAUAUAUAAAUAUAUAUUCUUUUUCUGAGGGUGGGGUGGGGGGUGUUUAGGUUCUUUUGGCCGGAUAUGGCACUUUGUGUUGAAAUUUCAGCUUAUGAAUAAUAUUCUUGUAGUUGUGUAGAAUGGUUUACAUAUUCUGGUAUUGUAAUGUGUUGUGGUGUUCUUUGUU